GGUCCGAUUGGGUUGAAAGUUGACAUUUAACCUGCACAACAGGAGAUUUGAACAUGCCUACUGCUGAAGAAGAGGAGUCUUUAAAAGAACUGUGUUGUGCCAAUGGAGUCAAACUAAGCAAGCUUGCGGAGGGGUGUGAUGAUACAGUAACUUCACUUGAAAUGUUUUUCUCUGGAUAUGAAAAUAUCACAGGAUUGAAGUUUUUCCCAAACUUGACUGCACUUAUCCUAAUGGGACAAGAAAUCACAAAGAUGGAAGGACUUUCUACCUGCAACCAGUUAAAAGAGCUAUGGAUUUGUGAGUGUAAAAUUAAGGUGAUCGAGGGUCUCAGUGCAUGCAAGAAGAUAAACAUUUUGCACCUCUACAGUAAUUGUAUCAGCCAAAUUACCAACAUCAGCCAUCUUAAAGAUUUGGAAGUCCUUGGUCUUGCUCAAAACAAUAUUGUUAAUAUUGAGGGGAUUGGUGAACUUGUACAGCUUCGUAACCUUAAUUUGGCUGCCAACAGAAUUGAACAAAUUGGACAUUGUUUGGAUGUGAACAGAAACCUGGAAGCAUUAAACCUGUCUGGAAAUAACAUCUCUUCCUUCAGAGAACUCACUCACCUGAUAAGACUCCCAAAGUUGAAACAUCUGGGUUUAAAAGAUCCAUUGUAUGCUCCAAACCCUGUGUGCUACCUCUGUAACUAUUCAACACAUGUUUUGUAUCAUCUGCCUUUCAUUGAGAGGUUGGACUCAUACGAUGUUUCUGAUAAGAGUCUGAGAGAGAUGGCAGAGGCCACUGUUGUGAAGAAGAAGAUGUACUACAACAUGCGUGUCAAAACAUUUCAGCGUGUAUUAGCAGACAUGACUGAUUGCAUCACUCGAAAGAAGCGGCUGCUUACACAUGAUACCAGAGACAGACUGAGAACUUUAAGCUUCAACAUUAAAGAGGUACGUGUACUUUCCUUAAAAUGAACAAUUCCAAACAAACAAUAAUACCAAACAAGUCACAAAAUGCUGGUUUGGAGCUGGUGCUGAGACUGCAAUAGUUGCAUUGUUAUGAUAAGAGACUUUUUAGCCUUAAAGCUUUUGUGAUCAGAAGGGAUUUUUUUACACAAAAGUGUCCAUAUACGUGUACAUGUGCAUUUUUUUCCUGCUUGUUCAUCAGGCUGUUCGGGCAUCCAUUUGUUUUACAGGUAAUGCCUUUGUUGUUUAAUAUUUUAGUACAGUUUCUUUAAGGCUGAAGGGUUAUCCAAGAAAAGGGUUAUCCAAAAGUAAACUUGAAUAUUUUGAUGGCCAAAAGGUCACAAUUGAAAGUGAUUACCAUGAGAAAUACAAAGUAACUUGGUCUCUCAUGAUGGUGACCUAGACUGCUUCUCAAACCCAGGCUUUGUCUACUAAACUGCAUGCCAGAUGCUGGACACAGAGACAGAAUCAGGGAUUUGAGAAAUGGCUUGAAAUGUUUGAUUGGUGAACGGAUUGAAUUUUGUAUUUACCACUGAUGCCUAAAAUUGUUUGACAUUUAGACAUGUCAUGUCAAAAGCUGUUAUAUAAUCAGCAUCACCCGGGGGUAGGAGUUCUUUGGGUGUAAAUUUAUAACAAGUUGGUGAAAGAUAAGAAUGAUUAAAGUUAAUUAAUUUGCAAUGAGUAUGCGAUGAAAAGAAGAUAAGUGAAUGACGGAUAAAGGUUAACUAAAAUAUUAUGAAUAAAGCUCACAACAAUAAUUAAACCGUUUUGGUAGUUGUUUGGAUAGUUGUACUUAAGAUGGCGGCUGGUCAGCAGACCCCAUACUGGGCUCUGACAUUUUUCUCAGUUUGUGCUGCUUCUAGCCUGCUUUGCAGUGUACAUCGCACACCAUAUGAAGGAGUUUGUCCUGCUGAUUUCACUGGUCUGUCUACUCAUGUGAUUGAGGGCACUGCAAGGGAGUUCUUGACAGAUCAUGCGUUGGACUUAUACAGUCUUCAGUCAGUGUUUCAGCAUAAGAGUGUAAGCAACUACAGCUCACACGACACACUCGACCGACUCUAUUAUGACCUGCAUGACAGCUUUUGUGUGGUGCCCACCAGCUAUUGUUCCCUCAUGUGCAUCUUUACCAAGCAUCCUGUUCCAUGUGCAUGCACAAUAUGGCUGAACUAUGAACAACACGAACAACUUAUCAGGACUGAUAGGAAAACUAAGUUUGGAAAUGCCCCAGUGUCUUACUACCACAACUCAACAGCAUCAUUUAAUAUCUUAUUAACUGUGUGUGGAGAAAUAGAAGAUAACCCUUGGCCUGUGAAGGAUCCCUGUGGUAGCUGCAGUCGUCCAGUGAAAAGUAAUCAGAGAUCUCUUCUCUGUGAAGACUGCAACAAAUUUUGGCAUCAGAAAUGCAUCCCUGAAAUGUCAAUCACCCAGUGCAAUGAGUUAAUAUCUAGCACUGUGGACUGGUUCUGCCCAUGCUGUGUGUCAUCAUCAUCCUUCAUCAUCCUUCGGCUGCGGAGCAGUCGAGUACAAGCUUCUUCCAUUUACCGCGAUCAUGGGCAAGUGUUGCGAUUUGGUCUGGUCGCAGCAUGCCAUCACUAUCUCCAAGCAAGCGUUGAAUAUAAGUUAGGUAUGAUGUGCGUUGUCUUCCUGGUUUCCGUCUCCCCUGGGGUGGUGUAUAAAGGGCAUACACUUUUGCAGGCUCAUCGUCUGGCAUGCGGAGUAUGUGCCCAAGGAACUUGAGCUGCCGAGUUCUUACACGCUCCACAAGAGGGUUUGAGUUGGUCAUAGUAUAGAUGGUGGCAUUGGGGACAUGGUCGGUGCGCUUGAUGCUCAGCAUAAUGCGGUAGCAAAAGCGUUUAUUUUACUUUCCAUGUCUUUGGAGAUUACCCAAUACAUAGAGGAGAACUGUGAUGCAUGUUGUGUUGAACAACUUCAUUUUGGUGAUAAUUGGUAAGGAGGGGCUUCUCCACAGCUGUUCCAACUUCCAAAAAGUCGUCCAGGCCAGUGCCUUGCGUCUUUUGAGGUCAGUUGCGCUGGAUGCUACCAUGGAUCCCAGAUAUUUAAAAUCAGUCACAUGUUUUAUUGGACUGCCGUGGACAUGAAGUGAGGGGGAAGGCUCACGAUAUGACAUAAUGUACUCUGUCUUGGGUACAUUAAUUAUGAGGCCAACGCCUUCUGCAACUGAAGCUGUCAUGGAUAACUGUGCCUGGGCCCGUGGUAACGUAGACUAAAAAAGGGCGAUGUCGUCAGCAAAGUCAAGAUCAUUAAGCUGUUUUGCCGGAUAUCUCCUAGAUAGACGUGGAUGAGUUACGACUCCAGAAUCCAAACCAGCGGUGGCUUUGUUUAGAAGGUAGUCAACAACUAUGAUGAACACAAAAGGAGCAAGCACAUCCCCUUGCAGAACUCCAGUGGAUACAUCAAAAGGCUCUGAGAUUCUUCCACCCACCAUAACAGCACUUCGAGAGUUAACAUAC